AACCGGAGCGGGAAGGAGACCAGAACUGGCCAGCCCUAGACAGACCAGCCCUUCCUAACCACAGCCCCCAGGGUCUCAGGCGUUAAGGUGGGGACCUCGAGGACACAGCCUGUAAUCACAGGCAGCACGAGCAGGUGUUGGGCCUCCAGAGGACUCUGCUGACCCACUGUUUCUACGGGAUGGGGUGCCAGGGCACCAUGGCCCAUUCUUCACUGCAAAUCCUGAUCUUCAUCUCUGAGUCACUCUUUGAUGAGGUCCCAUUUCCCAUCUGCACCCCAUUAUUAACGGGAUCAUGCCUUCAAUGACUAUGCAUUGCUCUGAGAAAGCUGAGAAGGAAAGGUAAGGACUUCAGGGCUCAAACUGAGGUGCCCUCACCUCAGACACCCCUUAAUCCCCGCGCCUCUCACCUACACUCCCUUUACCAGCACUCAACACUCCCCCAGCCUUGGUGGGCUUGCAGGGUCCCUAGAACCACCAAGCCAGUCUGUCCACUCAAACUUCCCAUGCAGGGGAGGAGGGAAUGGCCACGGAAAGCCACAAACUCCUAUUUUUUCUUUAAACACAACGAACACAAAUCUAACACACAAAUGAGCCAAGGAGAAUUGAAAAUCAUCCUUUCUGCUGCUUGGGUUUGAUCUCUGUUUUAGGCCAUCCGUGUUGAUGCUGUGGUCUCCUUAGCCAUGCGCUGGGGUACCCUCCAGGUCCAAAGAGGCAUUUUUACAUCAUUUUCCUCAAUGGUGCCCUCCAGCUGUUCAGCAGUAUCUCCCCAUGGUCUGUUUGGCUAUGGGCAACCUCUGGGGUACUGGGCAUAGAGCCCUACAAAACAGACCUGUAGAGACACAUCCUGGGAGAAUGCCUGGCUUCUCUCACCUAGUAGCUGGAAGGGGCAAGGCUGGGACAGAAGGCACACCUCCCCGGGAUUCACUCUCCCCAGAGACCACACCUGUUGGGGCUACUCUGCACUGGACUGGCAGUGGUCACCUGGCAUGCCCACGGGGACACAUCAGGGCCCAGCAGGAGCAGGGAAGGGGUGCCCGGCCAUGUGCCUGCUCCUAAGACCCUUUGGGCCAGGACUUCACUAAGUGGCAGGGGUUGAGCCCAGAAAAUUGGGCCACCCUCACACUCCAGAGGUGCCCAGGCCUUUCUUGGGCCCAGCCGCUGGAGGCACCCUGGUCCGGGGUCUGGGGGAGGGGCCAGGGAGCCCCAGCUUCCACCCGGACUGUCAAGGGCGUCCAGCUCAGGCCCAGCCCCCUACCCCAGGCCUCCGCCCCUGCCUUUCCUAUACUCCCGGCGGGGCGGGCGGGCGCCCAGGUAGCUCGGGAGCCCAAACCCGUCGGGCCGGUUUGGAGAGCGGCAAGGACAGAGGGAAGAAGGCUGCGAAGGAUGCACGGCCUGCCCCGGGCUCGCCCACUCCCUCGGCCGCCGACUGCACCCGUCCUGCCCACCCGCCCGACCCCAUGAGGCACGCACCCGGCCUCCUGGCGCCCCUGCUGGGCCUGGGCCUGGGCCUGGGCCUGGGCCUGAGGCUGCCGGAGGCCAGCGACUGCGGGUCCCUGGGGCAGGCGCAGCGCCUGGCGUUCGCUCCCGCCGCCAGGACGCGGUGGCUGGCGCCUCUCGUGCGCCCGCCAGGACCCCUGGACCCGCUCUAUGGCGCCGUGCAAGGCUUCCUCGCCCUGGUGCAGCUCAACCCUUUUCCUUCAGAGUUGGUAAAAGCCCUGCUGAAUGAACCGUCCUCGGUGAAGGUGGAGGAGGUGGUUCGGUACGAAGCGGGCUAUGUGGUGUGUGCUGUGAUCGCGGGCCUCUACCUCCUGGCGGUGCCCACCACCGGCUUGUGCUUCUGCUGUUGUCGCUGCCACCAACGCUGCGGAGGCCGAGUGAAGACGGAGCACAAGGCCAUGGCCUGCGAGCGUGGCACGCUCAUGGCCUUCCUGUUGCUUACCACCCUCGUGCUGCUGAUUGGUGUGGUCUGUGCUUUUGUCACCAACCAGCGCACACAUGAGCAGAUGGGCCCCAAUGUGGAAGCCGUGCCUGAGACCCUGCUUGGCCUCCGGGGCCUGGUCUCCAGUGUACCCCAGGAGCUGCAGGCCGUGGCGGAUCAAUUCUCCCUGCCCCAGAAGCAAGUUUUGAAGGAGCUGGAUGGGGUUGGUGAGAGGCUCGGGAACAUCGUGCACAGACAGCUUGGAAGUGUAAUCUACCCUGUACUGGCCUCUGUGAACACCCUGGGCCAAGCCCUGCAGGUCACCGUGGAUCACCUCCAUGCCUUGAACGCCACCCUGGUGGAGCUGCGGGAGAGACAGCAGCGCUUGGAGCCAGCCAUGCGGGAGCACAGGGACCGCCUGCUCGCCCUGCUGCAGGAGCCCGGGUGUCAGGGAGACUGUGAGGGGACCCUGAACCGAACCCGCACCCUGGAGCUGGCCGCUGACUUUGUCCAGGUCCCCUCCGUGGACCACAUCCUGUACCAGCUGAAGGGUGUCCCGGAGACCAAUUUCUCCAGCAUGGUCCAGGAGGAGAACAGCACCCUUCGCAGCCUCCCGCUCCUGGUUGCCAUGCAGACGGCCAGCGUGGUCGAAGAUCUGAAAAAGGCAGUGGCCCAGCAGCCCAAAGGCAUGAGGACGCUGGCCAGCAGCUUCCCGGGCUCCAAGGCGGCUGCGCACUGGAGCCGAGCGCUGGAGGAGCUGGAAGUGCGCAGCCGCCCCUACCUGCGGGACGUGCAGCGCUAUGAGACAUACAGGUGGAUCGUGGGCUGUGUGCUGUGCUCCACAGCGCUCCUCGUGGUGGUCUGCAACCUGGUGGGCCUCUGCCUGGGCAUCCUGGGGCUAUCAGCCAGGGAGGACCCCAGCCACUGGGACGCCAAAGGCGAGGCGGGAGCCCGCUUCCUCAUGGUGGGCGUGGGCUUCAGCUUCGUCUUCGCUGCACCCCUCAUCCUCCUGGUCUUUGCCACCUUCCUGGUAGGCGGCAACAUGCAGACGCUGGUGUGCCAGAGCUGGGAGAGCGGGGAGCUCUACGAGUUUGCAGACACCCCUGGGAACCUGCACCCCUCCAUGAACCUAUCUUACCUCCUCGGCCUGAGGAAGAAUAUCAGCCUCCUCCUGGCCUACCAGCAGUGCAAGGAAGGGGCCGCGCUCUGGGAGGUCCUACAGCUCAACGACUCUUACAACCUGGACAAGCACCUGAACAUCAGCCAGUACACCAAGAAGCUGCAGCGGGACUUGCAGGACUUCAGAGUGAACAUGGAGAGCCCUGACUUGCUGAGCCCAGAGGCCCACCGGGACCUGGAAAAACUGCAGAAGAGUGGGUUGGAGAAAGUCAGCUACCACCACUUCCUCAUCCAGAUCCAGAAGCCCGUGGUAAAGACCGACAUGGAGCAGCUGGCCCAGGAGCUGGCGGGACUAGCCCAGAGUCAGGGCAACUCUGUGCUGGGGCGGCAGCUGCAGGAGGAGGCCCAAAGGCUCAGAAUGCUCUCCCAGGAGGAGGUCAUCCCCCAGCAGAACCUGGUGGUCAAGCUCAACCGCAGCGUCAGGGCCCUAGAGUCCUCUGCUCCAAACCUCCAGCGGGAGACCUCAGUGAUCCUAGGCAAUGUCACCUAUCUAAAAACAGAACUGCCAGCACUGACCAACCACAUCCUUCAGAAUGCAAGCGAGUGUUUCCUGACCCGGGAGAUGGGCUACUUCUCCCAGUACGUGGCCUGGGUAAAAGAGGAGGUGACCCAGCACAUUGCCACCUGUCAGCCCUUCUCUUCAGCCCUGGACAACGGCCGUGUGGUCCUGUGUGACAUGAUGGCUGACCCCUGGAAUGCCUUCUGGUUCUGCCUGGGCUGGUGCACCUUCUUCCUCAUCCCCAGCAUCAUCUUUGCUGUCAAGACCUCCAAGUACUUCCGCCCUAUCCGGAAGCGCCUUAGCUCCACCAGCUCUGAGGAGACCCAGCUCUUCCGCAUCCCCCGGGUCACCUCCCUGAAGCUGUAGGACCCAUGGCUAGGUGAGAUGAACCCUGGGGCUGCCUGUGCCCUCCACUCGGUCGAGACCAGAGGACUUCAGAAGCCUUGUCACGGAGCCCAAGCUGGGCCUCCGGCCCAUACUGUUCCCCAGUCCAGCUGAUCCCUCCUUCCGUUUCCUUUCCACCCUCUCUGCUCAUAAUCCCCUUCAUUCAUUCUCACUUCUGCUGAGCUUCAGGCCAACAGUUUCCCCAGAUGUCUUAGUUACUUUUCUCUGGUUGCUGAGACAAAAUUAAGGAAGGAGAACUUUAUUUAGCUUACAGUUUGUGGAGAUUUCAGUACCUAACCAGCUGGCUCUAAGACAGGAUAGCAAAUGGCAAGGCAACAACAGUUCAUGGUGGCAGAAGACAGAAAAAGCAACCAGAGCAAAAACAGGAGGAGGACAGUGAACUUUUUUUUCUUUUGGUACCGGGGAUUGAACUCAUGACCAAGCACUUGCAAGGAAGGUGCUUCUGCCACUGGUCUAAAUCCCCAGCUAGAGAGAAGGCUGUUUUUGUCCCUUAUAUUGUAUGCAGGCACUCACACCCCUAGACAAUGAAUCAAUCACAAAUUCUAGAUUCAGCCAUUUCUGAAAAGCAGCCCCAUCAUGACAGCAUGAGGUUUUAGGGGGACAUCUAGACACAAACCAUAACAGUAGGUGUCUCACCUUUUUCCUCCUUGCUGCCCUGUACUAGCACCAGGAGGAGUCUGUUCUCUGCCUGCUGGAGCCCCUUCUCCAUCCUUGUGCCGGCCCAACCCCACUCUGUCUCCGUCAGCCCUCCUCCUGCACAGCCCUCCCUCUGCUCCCUUCUAAGCUCUUUGCUUUGUGCUCCUUGUUCCUGUCUAGCCUUCCAUCUGCCUCAACUUCCCUCGUAGCUUCUCCCCAACCCUUUCCUUCCUCCCUUUAAGGAAGCUCUUUUUCCGAGUCCCCUUCCUCCUGCCCAACCAGCUCACCAGAUAAACCUACCAAGCAGGCAUGGUCCUGGACUGGGCUGGAUUUGGUAUCUGCCUCAUGGCCACAGCCCUCUGAUGCCCCCAGUACUCUGGCUGUUCCGCAGGCUCCACCCUGGACUUACUGUCCUCCAGUGGUGUGGGGGACUGUCUGAGGGCUUACCUGCACCCCAAGUUACAAAUAGUAGUGCUGUCAUCAGGUCCUCUCUGAGCACUGGUUCCCAAAAAGGGACUGGAACCUGGGCUACACUGGGGCCACACCCUGGGCUCCCCACAAGGUAGCACCUCGUCACUUUCCUAGGCUUUAUUCUGGGGUCCUUCAAGCCAGCUCUCUAAGACUAGGGCUCUGUACACAGCUGGUGUUGAAUGCAUGUUUUCAGGGAUCCAGGGACUCCCCCAGCAACCUGUAGAUGACAGUCAGCAUGGGGCUAAGAAGGAGGGGGCAGACUUGGGUUCAUGGCCUGCCUCUGAUGCUGCUUGCCAGGCGCCUUAAAUAUAUUACCCAGGACCCCUAAACCUAGCCUCUCCUUUUAUAAGAUAGAAGAAUCAGAGCCUCAGCGUUGUCGGGCUGUGAAAAUGAAAUAUGACAAGUGAGAAGCCCUUGGCACGGGACAAAGGUGCAGCGAAUAGACAGAAGCUGCUAUUCUGUGCGUGACCGCACCGGGCAAGGCAGAACUAGGGUCCAGGCAGGCGCAAGAGAAAGGGGAAGUGGCCCCUGUCCAAAGCCAUAGCCCUUGAAGAUGCUGUUCUGCUGAAUGUUGGAGCGGGGGAUCUCAAUGUAUUUUAUAAACCAGCAACACUGCUGCUGGAAAUUAGGGUGGUGUGGGCAGGACGUGAGGCACCCUUGAAGGUUGCACAAGGGCCACUUUCAGGUUUUACCCGGAGGGUGGUUGGUUGGUGUGGUUUGCUUGUUACUCAUUUGUCAGCUUAAGCAGAAGUGGUGGCACCCUGUAUACUAAAAUGCAAUUGAUGAGAUCAAAACAAAUGAAAUAGAAAUAAUUUAAAAAUA